GGGUCCCGGAACUUCCAGAGCGCAGGGAGCGGCCCCGGACGGCGAUUCCGACGGAGGGGCGCAAGCCAGGCCGGCGUGGGGGCCGCGCCGCACCUGCACCCGCCCCGGGCGGGGACAGCGGCCUCGCGGCGAUCGCGGGGACGGGCGGGAGUGGGGAGGGGCCGCCCGUGCCGGGUGCGGUGGGUCUGGAGGGCCGAGGUCUGCGGGCGGACGCCCCGCGGGAGGGGCUGUACCCUCCGAGCCAGGUGGCUGGGUCUGGUUAAUGAUUUGCCUUGUUCCGGGAGUGGGGCGGGGCGAGAGCAGGCUGGGAAGUGGGGAAGCCUCCGAGCGCUGCGGGAGGGCACACUGGUUCCCCCUUUGGGGGGCACUGGUCUUUGCUACCCCACCCCCAGGAAUGCGCGGCCUGCAGGUGGGGCUGGGCAGCAGACGCUGAGGGGCAGCAGUCCUGAGCCAGUUCAGGGGGUGAGGGGCAGGCCUCAAGGAGGAAGAGCGGGGCCAGGCUGUGUUGGGGCCAGGCAGAGCCUGACCCUGUGGCCUUCACCCUCCCUGCAGGACAGGGAUGCUCUCAGGGCUGGCGGCCAUGGAGCUGAAGGUGUGGGUGGAUGGCAUCCAGCGUGUGGUCUGUGGGGUUUCAGAGCAGACCACCUGUCAGGAAGUGGUCAUCGCACUGGCCCAAGCGAUAGGCCAGACAGGCCGCUUCGUGCUUGUGCAGCGUCUCAGAGAGAAGGAACGGCAGCUGCUACCCCAGGAGUGUCCCGUGGGUGCGCAGGCGACCUGUGGACAGUUUGCCAGCGAUGUCCAGUUUGUCCUGAGGCGGACAGGACCCAGCCUCGCUGGGAGGCCCUCCUCAGACAGCUGCCCUCCCCCUGAGCGCUGCCCAAUCCGAGCUAGCCUUCCCCCAAAGCCUCGACCAGCACUGGACCGUGAGCCCUGCAAAGCGCUGGCCUUCAGCCUGGGGUUCCCUGGGCUGGCCCCCGACCCUGUACCCCCCGAGCCUGUGGGUCCCGUAGCACCAAUGCCGGGCUGCUGCGCAGACCUGCAGGGCUUGGAGCGAAGGGUGCGCAGGAACGCAGCGGAGCUGGGCCAGGAGGCCUUCUGGGAGCAGGAGCUGCGGCGGGAGCAGGCCCGGGAGCACGAGGGGCAGGCCCGCCUGCAGGCGCUGAGCGCGGCCACGGCUGAGCAUGCCGCUCGGCUGCAGGCCCUGGACGCCCAGACCCGCGCCCUGGAGGCCGAGUUACUUAUGGCCGCAGAGGCCCCUGGGCCCCCCUCACCCACAGCGUCUGUCGCAGAACGCCUGCGCCAGGACCUGGCCGCCCAGGAGCGGCAGAGUGUGGAGGUGCAGGGCAGCCUUGCCCUGGUGGGCAGGGCUCUGGAGGCUGCUGAGCACGCCCUGCAGGCCCAGGCCCAGGAGCUGGAGGAGCUGAACCGGGAGCUGCGUCAGUGUAACCUGCAGCAGUUCAUCCGGCAGACGGGGGCUGCACUGUCCCCGUCCCCACGGCCGGACGGGGCUCCCCCUGGCACGCAGGAUCUUCUGCCUCCGUCCAGAGAAGAGCCCCUGCUGGGAGCCCCCCCGAGUCCAGCCCUCGUGUCCAGCCUGAGCCCAGAGAUCACCCCCAUGAGGCAGAACUCCUGGAGGUAGCAGCUCUCGCCCCAGAGUGGACGUCCAGUGCCAGCCCAGCCCUGGGCUCUGAUGACAUGAGCAAGGGCAGCCAAGGCCAGCCCAGCCUGGAUGACAGAAGGCGAGCUCGGGGUCACAGAGGACUCCUUCCACCAUGCAGUGGGAAGCCCUGGUACCCUGGGUCUGAGAUGGGACUCCUUGGAGCCCUAGGGUUUCUGCUGCAGUGGGCAGGGGAAGGCUGAGGACUCUUGCUCUAGUCCUUGUCAAAUCUGCGCAGACCCCUGGAGAAGCACGGGGCAUGGCCAGCCCAGAAAUCACUAGGCCCCAAAGGCCACAGCUCCUUGCUGGGGAAGAGAGGUGCACGGACCACCCUGUGUUCAGCCUGUAGGUAUGCGCUUGCGUGUGGGAGGCAUCCUUCCCCACGUCCGUGUGUGUGCAGGUGCGUGCACACACGUGUGUGUGCUGCCUUCCUACCCCGACACUAAAACCUCAAUAAACUGCCCCACGUGGCUUAAGUGUG